AUGACUGACUCGAAAUUCACGAAUCUCGGUUCGGGACCAGCUGUCAAAGUCAGCGCUGGUGCGAAAUACAUGAUGAAUGUUUUUGAGCUUGUACAUAUCCAAAGCUCUUUGUUUAGUCUUGUCAAGAAGUCGUUCAUGAACUGCGCCCAUUCUCGCCCUCUAUUCCGUGUUCCACAUUCUGAGUUUCUACCCUUUUCUCCUUAG